AUGUUUUGGCGUUUCGGAGGAUAUGCAAGUAUCUCCACCAUCGAUACCCUGCUAGACAAGCCCGAUGUCACCCUUGAAGAGCUGUUGGAUGAGUCUGAGCUCAUCCAAGAGCUCAAACAAAAUAAUACGAAGCUCAUAGAAUUCUUACGAGAAGAUAAUGUCUUGAAACGGCUCAUGGAUUACGUUACCGCACCUAGUCUGGUGAAUGAAGAUGACGAAGAUGACGACCACGAAAGCAAUGCCGCGCAGACAGGCAAAGAUGAUUCGGAAGAGGUCAGAGGGGGAGACCCCCUCAAUGAUAUCUUGGAUCCCGAAGACUUGGAACGGGCGGAGAAGUUUCGCAUGAAGCGGGCCUACGUUGCGUGCGAGGUCCUGUCGUCGGAGAUAUGGUCGAUACUGGAAUCUAUUCUGCUCAACCCCGGGCAUUUACGAGAUUUCUGGGGAUUCCUAAGGCGCCCGUCACCAUUGGACUCCGCCCAAGCGAGUUAUUUCACGAAAGUGAAUGAGACGCUAUUCGACAAGAAAACCAGCGACAUGCUGGAGCUUUUCAAGUCAAUGGACGGAAUUGUCCCCGCAAUUCUGCAGCACGUUGACAAUCCCAUGGUCAUGGACCUCCUACUCAAAAUCAUAAGUUUGGAGAAAGUGGAAGGUGGUCAUGGCAUUGUCGAUUGGUUGAAAACACAAGACCUCAUACCUACUCUUCUUUCAUUCUUAUCUCCAGAUCACCCCGCUUCUGUACAGACAUCGGCCGGAGACUUUCUCAAAGCCAUCAUUACCAUAUCUGCGAAUGCAACACAGAACGACCAAUCCUGCAUUGGUCCCAAUAGCCUUACUCGCCAGUUGGUUUCCACGCCGUGCGUGGAAAGCCUUAUCAAGGCCAUGCUGCAAGGCGGGAACCCCUUGACGGUUGGUGUUGGUAUCGUGAUUGAAGUAAUUCGCAAGAACAACUCGGACUACGAUCCCGAUAACAUCAAUGGCCCGGAUUCCCUACCCACAACCUAUGACCCAAUUUACCUCGGUAACCUGCUUCGUCUUUUUGCCAAGCACAUACCGGACUUUAUGGCGCUGAUUCAAAGCUCCAAGCACACUCUCAAUUCGGCGUGGGGUGCGAAGAUCGAGCCCCUGGGUUUCGACCGAUUCAAGACCUGCGAGUUGAUGGCUGAACUGCUACAUUGCAGUAAUAUGGGCCUAUUGAAUGAGCCCGGGAGUGAUGAGUAUGUACGGCAGCGUGAUGCUGAGCGUGAACGGCUCAUGAAGGAGGGCGUCUUCAACCCGCACCGAGAAGAGACAUCGGCGUUCGAUGGCAAUGACUCUACAGUGGACUUCGUAAAUGGAUCUGUCAUCGGCUAUGGCUCCCCAGAAGGCUCUAGGGUGCUUGAGGUCGCAAACACAGGCGAAGAAAGCUUUGAGGACGUCACCGCAUCGGGAGUCCUUGUGGAUAAGGAAAAGGAUGCAGAAGUCAAAGACACCAACAGUCCCGAGUCAAAGUCUGAGUCUGCACCUUCCUCACAACAACCGCCGGCACAGGCUUCAAACGAUACGUUAGAAGAUAGCCCUAACGACCAAAACACCGACUCCACAGAUGCUUCCGGCGAGGAUCAAACACAUACUUCUUCUGAUUCCGUGUCAGCUACUGCGUCGGGACUGGCGGAAGUGAACCUGGAUGGCAGCAAGGCGACUGAGGAAAGCAAGUCAUCUGAAGAGGCGGCUUCUGACGACAUCACAACACCUUCCCACUCCGAAAUGGUGCCGGCUCCCGUAGAGCAACAAGCUCAACAACUGAGCUCUUCGACGCCUGAUACUGCUGGCCAGGUCGGCGAUGCUUCAAGCGCAGCCCAAGCUGCCCCUGAGUCGGCCCAGCCAAACGAGGGCGACGAGCAGCGCCAGCUGCAUCCAGACGUUCAGAUUGAUUCGAAUGGUAAACCCGUCGUUGGCGACUAUCUCAAGAUCAUGUUUGUCGAGAAUCGGGUGGUACCGACCAUCCUUGAUUUCUUCUUCCGUUUCCCCUGGAACAACUUCCUGCACAAUGUCGUUUAUGAUGUUGUCCAACAAGUGUUCAACGGUCCCAUGGAACGCGGUUAUAAUCGCCUGCUGGCUAUAAAUGUGUUUGAGACCGGCCGCAUAACGCAGAGCAUUGUUGAAGGCCAAAAGCGAAGCGACGAAACGCAGCGGACGAAACAGAUCCGACUGGGGUACAUGGGUCACUUGACCCUGAUCGCUGAAGAGGUUGUCAAGUUCAGCGAACGGCAUCCGCCCGAGCUACUCUCUCCUACGGUCAUGGAGAAUGUGCUGAACCCGGAGUGGAUCGACUAUGUCGAGCAAACGCUUUCUGAAACCAGGGAGCGUGAUAACGCCAUCCUUGGCGGGGUGCGCCCCGACAUGUCGAUCGGACAUCGUCAGGGCAUGCUCAACCCCGGCCAAAGCGUCAAUACGUCGUCGGCACUCGCUGAUGCCGGGUUAAACGGCUCGGUGGGGGGCUCUGGCUUUCAGGGCUUCGACAUGAUGAACCAAGGAAGUGUUUCUGGCGGGGCAUUCGGCCUUAGCGGCGGCAAUUCUCUGCUGAGCGGCUUCGCAAGCUCAAGCGACGACGAUGAGGAUGAAGAUAUGGAAGACCAAGAUGAUAGGAAUUUGGCCGAGCAUUCGGCUGAAGGCGGCUCUGACAAUGUGGGUGAUCACCUUUUCACUGAUGCCUCGACCAACUCUACCAGCCAGCCAAUCCCGAUCCUUCCCCCGCCCCCUGCUCCAAUGAGUCACGGUCCCUCUCGAGCACGGCGCCAGCUUGCAGCCCGACUUGCGGCCCACAAACAGCAGGCCGCCGAAAACCCCGACGAGGGUGAGGAUUCGAGCCAUACCCAGUCCAACGACCACGACUUGCAAUGGCCCACCAAUCCGUUUGUGAUCGCCGGCUUGGACGAGGAUGCCGAUGGCACCAACUCGCCUGCUAGCGCUGCUUUCCCAUCGAGUGAUUUCCCCCAUACCAACAAGGAUGAACCUUUCUCAUCCCCUACAUUCCCCGACUCUGGCUUCAGCCCCCCUGACUCCUUCUCUACGAAUUCCUCCGACGAGGACGGAGAAGGUAGACCGGAGGGCGCGAGACGCAAGGAUCGGGUUCCCCUGGAGGUUGAUGAGGAGGACGACGACAUGGGGGAGAUGGUCGGACCUUCGCUCGACUCGGGCAUGAUGGACUCGGAUGAAGAAGACGAGGCGAUCAUGAACGAGUCCUUGGGAUAUCCGGAUAUUGGGUCGGGGCGUUACCGAAGCUUCCGCCGGUCCCGGAUUGGCAUGUCCCCUUUCGGCGAGGAUGAAGACGACAGUAGUGAUGGGGAGGAUGACGGGCUAGUUGAGAUCCUCGUGCCGGGGCGUAAGGCUUCCACGUCAUCCACGUCUUCCCACUAG